AUGGGCAAUGGCGAAUCUAACUUAAGGAAUUCUAUCCAAACUGAUAAUAUAGUGCCUAAUGAAGAAAGUAGCGAAGAUGAAAAUAGCGAAGAUGAAAAUGACGACGUUGAUGAAUCUGCCAAUAAAAAACUUUGCCUUGGAUGUUUAGAAGCCAAGGAUAUAAAAAAUUUAAAAACGUCUACUGGAGAUUGUAAACAUGAACAAGAUAUUUGUAAAAAAUGUUUUAUUUCACAUGUUAAAGCUAAGUUAGAUGCGUAUAUAAAUUGUCCAACAUUAAACUGUAGGGAAAGAAUUUUCCCUAAUGAUGUAAAAAGAUUUGGAAGCAAUAAUAAAUUAUACAAAAGACUUGAUAAUUUAAUGUUGAGACAAAGCCUUAAUAACUCAGCCGAGUUUAGAUGGUGUAAAAGCCCUGGUUGUGGAUCUGGUCAAAUUCAUGAAGGAGGAGCUGAUGUUCAAAUAAUGAAAUGUCACGCUUGUGGUUCAAAAUCAUGUUAUACACACGAUGUACCAUGGCAUGGGGGUUUGACAUGUGAAAAAUACGACGAAUUGAGAAAAGUCGAAGAAGCUGCCACUGACGAUUAUCUACAGCGAGAAACUAAACCUUGUCCUAAAUGUGGUAUUCGUAUUGUAAAAAAUGGUGGAUGUAAUCAUAUAACUUGUAAAAUUGUAACAUGUAGAUAUGAAUUCUGUUGGUUGUAA